AGUUGUCAAUGUCAAUAGUGGAAGCACUUAGUGCUUAGUGGAGUGUUUAAUCAUUGAUUAAGCACCUAGUAGUGGUGACUCUUUGAUAGUUGUAAUCAUCACUACUAAUGCUAUAUAUAUUCAUGUGUAUGAGAUGCAUUUGAUAUAAGAAAAAAUACAUGAAUAUUCAGCCUCAAAAAUACUAUCCUACUCUAAAUUAUGCAACAAUAUAGUUUAUAAUAUAUACCACACCUCUAGAAUACCACCAACACUAAGGACACUUUGGAGUCUAUUGCAAAGGAUACUAAUAUUGAUGCCGAGUUGCUUCAGAGGUACAACCCUGGUGUGAAUUUCAGCCAAGGAACUGGUCUUGUUUUUAUUCCUGGAAAAGCUUUUCAAAGGUGAAAGGCAACGUGGAUGUGAUGUGGGUCCCUUUGCACACCAACAUGCCAAGUUACCAAUAUGAAGAAAUAUCGACCAUGUAUUUUAUUCCUAACACCCAUUUGCAUAUUCAACCCACUCAAAUUCUUAUUCUAUGUUACUGUUGCAUUCUCUAAACUAUGAAACCAAUCAAAUUCAGAUUAUCACUUUUAUUCUUGUUACUGGCCUCUAAAUCCUUCAUUGCAGAAUCAAAAUGCAACAAAACUUGUGACUUAGCUUUAGCUUCCUAUCAUCCGAUGAAAGAUUCAAACUUGACAUAUAUUUCGGAAAUCAUGAAAUCCAACCUUGUUUCAAAACCGGAAGAUAUUUUCAUCUACAGCACAGAUACAAUGCCAAACCAAAAUUUUGUCCGAGCCAGUUCAAGAGUGAAUGUUCCCUUCCCUUGUGAUUGCAUCAAUGAUGAGUUUCUUGGUCACACUUUUCUAUAUGAGCUUCAGCCAACAGAUACCUAUGCUUCAAUUGCUGAGUUCACUUUUAGAAAUUUGACCACUAAGGAGAGGAUCCAAAGAGACAACGUUUAUGCAGAAAACUUUAUUCCUAAGUUUGUGAAGGUUAAUGUUACUGUUAACUGUUCCUGUGGGAACAGAGAGGUUUCCAAUGAUUAUGGAUUGUUCAUCACAUACCCUCUUACUUCUAAGGACACUUUGGAGUCUAUUGCAAAGGAUACCAAGCUUGAUGCUGAGUUGCUGCAGAGGUACAACCAUGGUGUGGAUUUCAGCCAAGGAAGUGGUCUUGUUUUUAUUCCAGGGAAAGAUGAAAAUGGAAUUUAUGUUCCCUUGUGCCCGACCCCUAGAAAAGCAGGUCAUUUAGCUAGGAGUUUAGCUACUGCUGGAAUAUCUAUUGGAGGAAUAUGCAUGGUUCUGUUAUUAUCAAUUUGUAUAUAUGUUCGAUACUUUCGAAAGAAGAAUGGAGACGAGUCUAAUUUGCCACCAAAUGGUUAUAAAGAUGCCAAUGAUGAUACUGGAUCCAAAUAUAUUUUUGAGGACAAAUUGCCAAAGUUUUCGUAUGUAGAACUCGCCAAUGCUACAAAUAACUUCAGUUUGGCUAACAAAAUUGGUGAAGGUGGUUUUGGUGAAGUCUACUAUGGAGAGCUGAGAGGGCAGAAAACUGCAAUAAAAAAGAUGAAGAUGCAAGCAACAACAGAAUUUCUUGCUGAACUGCAAAUCUUAACAAAAGUUCGUCACUGGAACCUGGUACACUUGAUUGGAUAUUGUGUUGAGGAAUCUCUAUUCCUUGUGUAUGAGUACAUGGAAAAUGGAAACUUAAGCCAACAUCUACAUAAAUUAGGGAGAGAAGCGAUGGCGUGGUCUACCAGAAUGCAAAUUGCUCUUGAUGUAGCAAGAGGCCUUGAAUACAUUCAUGAGCAUUCAGUGCCUGUGUAUAUCCAUCGCGAUAUAAAACCAGAUAAUAUUUUAUUAAAUGAAAAUUUCACUGCAAAGAUUGCAGAUUUCGGAGUAACCAGGCUUACGGAUAUUGCAAAUUCAACAGAUCAAACUCAUCAUAUGGCAGGCACAUUUGGUUACAUGCCACCUGAAAAUGCAUACGGACAUAUUUCUCGCAAGAUAGAUGUAUAUGCUUUCGGAGUUGUUCUUUAUGAACUAAUUUCUGCUAAAGCAGCUGUGAUCAAGAUCGAUAAAACCGAGUUCAAGAGCCUUGAGAUUACGACCAAUGAAUCUAUCGAUGAAUAUUACACGAGUCUUGUAGCUUUGUUUGAUGAAGCUAUUGAUCAAGAGAGAGAUCCUAUAGAAAGUCUAAGAAAGUUGGUGGAUCCAAGGCUAGGAGAUAAUUAUUCAAUUGAUUCCAUUAUCAAGAUGGCACAGCUUGCCAAGACUUGCACGAACCGAGAUCCGAAACGACGUCCGACAAUGAGAGCUAUUGUGGUUUUUCUUAUGACACUUAAUUCUACAAUUGAUGAUGGAAGUAGCACUGAUAAUGCAGCAUUGACUCUGGCUAUGGAGCAUGACUAAUACUAUUAUAAUUUGCACUGGUUGUCAAAUUUAUCAUAAGAGAAGAUUAACAAGAAGAAAAAAAAAACUUUAAUGUUA